CGGCCCCGCCGCCCCCCGCAGCGCCCGGCUACCGCGGGCGCCUCCUCCUAUGGAGCAGCCUCGCCAUGGAGUCCCUCGCAGAGCUCAGCCAGGAGGGCGCGGGAGGCGGGGAGCCGCCGGGCGGCGGAGCGAUCUGGACCGCCGUCUUCGAGUACGAGGCGUGCGGCGAGGACGAGCUGAGCCUGCGGCCCGGGGACGUGGUGCAGGUGCUGUCCCGGGAUUCGCACGUGUCCGGAGACGAGGGCUGGUGGACGGGCCAGAUCGACCAGCGCGUCGGCAUCUUCCCCAGCAACUACGUGAGCAGCGGAGUGCAGGGGGGCGGCCCAGAGCUGCGGGCCCGCUAUCCGCCGCCCCCCGCCAUACAGCUCCUGGAGAUCGACUUCUCAGAGCUUCUUCUGGAGGAAAUCAUUGGCAUAGGGGGCUUCGGAAAAGUGUAUCGAGCUAUAUGGAUAGGAGAUGAGGUUGCUGUCAAGGCAGCUCGCUAUGACCCUGAUGAGGACAUCAGCCAGACCAUUGAGAAUGUCCGCCAAGAGGCCAAGCUCUUUGCAAUGUUAAAGCAUCCCAACAUCAUUGCCCUCAGGGGCGUGUGUUUGAAGGAACCUAAUCUUUGCUUGAUCAUGGAGUUUGCCCGUGGAGGAUCACUCAAUAGAGUGUUGUCUGGUAAAAGGAUACCUCCUGACAUACUAGUGAACUGGGCAGUACAGAUUGCAAGGGGAAUGAACUAUCUGCAUGAGGAAGCAAUUGUUCCCAUAAUCCAUCGUGACCUGAAGUCCAGCAACAUACUGAUACUCGAAAAGGUGGAAAAUGGAGAUCUGAGCAACAAGAUAUUGAAGAUCACGGAUUUCGGCCUGGCCAGGGAAUGGCAUAAAACUACCAAAAUGAGCGCAGCUGGGACAUAUGCCUGGAUGGCUCCUGAGGUCAUCCGCUCCUCCAUGUUCUCCAAAGGCAGCGAUGUGUGGAGUUACGGCGUGCUGCUUUGGGAACUGCUAACCGGAGAGGUACCAUUCCGAGGAAUCGAUGGUCUUGCAGUAGCUUACGGUGUUGCCAUGAAUAAACUUGCCCUUCCAAUCCCUUCCACAUGUCCAGAGCCUUUUGCCAAACUCAUGGAAGAUUGUUGGAACCCUGACCCACACUCACGACCUUCCUUUGCCACUAUCCUAGACCAUCUCACCGCCAUAGAAGAGUCUGGUUUCUUUGAAAUGCCCAAAGAUUCCUUCCACUCCCUACAGGAAGACUGGAAACAAGAGAUCCAAGAGAUGUUUGAUCAGCUCAGAGCCAAAGAAAAGGAGCUGCGCACAUGGGAAGAAGAGCUGUCUCGUGCUGCUGUUGAACAGAAGAACCACGAGGAGUUGCUACGAAGGAGGGAACAGGAGCUGGCAGAACGUGAGAUUGACAUCCUGGAAAGGGAGCUCAAUAUCAUCAUCCACCAGCUGUGUCAGGAGAAGCCUCGGGUGAAGAAACGCAUGGGGAAGUUCAAGAGGAACCGGCUCAAGUUAAAAGAUGGCAAUCAUAUCAGCCUGCCUUCAGACUUUCAGCAUAAAUUCACUGUGCAGGCUUCUCCAACGAUGGAUAAAAGGAAAAGCUUGAUCAGUAGCUGCUCCAGCCCUCCUGCAAGUCCUACCAUUAUUCCCAGACUCAGGGCCAUACAGUUGACUCCUGCUGAAAGUAGUAAAACAUGGGGACGAAGCUCAGUCCUUCCAAAGGAGGAAGGAGAGGAAGAAGAGAAGAGAGGCCAGAAGAAAAAGGGACGCACUUGGGGACCGAGCUCACUUUGUCACAAGGAGCUGGGUGCAGGAGAAGAUGGUCUGAAAGCUCUGGUAGAAGGAUACAAACAGUGGUCAUCCAGUGCACCAAACCUUGGGAAGAUCCAGAGAACUGCGCCUGCUUUCCCAGGAUUCACCAGCUUAGCAGAGAUGGAUGAUGAGGACAGCGAAUGUCUUAACGGGGAGGGCAAAGCACACCCUUCACCUGGGCACAAUCAGUCAUACCUCUGCAUCCCCUUUCAGAAGAGUGACGACUGGGACGGCCCUUCUAGUGAUGCCAACGAGGAGUCCACCCCCGUGAACUCUGCUACUAGCACCCCACAGCUGACACCCACCAACAGCCUCAAACGGAGCGGCUCCCACCACAAGCGCUGUGAGGUUGCGUUGCUUGGCUGCGGAGCAGUGCUGGCUGCUGCAGGCCUGGGGUUCGAUCUCUUAGAAGCGGGGAAGUGUCAGCUGCUGAUUGAGGAGGAGCCAGAAGUACCUAAAGAAGAGAAGAAGAAGCGUGAGGGCAUUUUCCAGCGAGCUGGCCGCCCACGCAGGAGCACUAGUCCCCCUUCCCGAAAGAUCUUCAAGAAAGAGGAUCCCAUGUUGUUGCUAGGAGAGCCAUCCACAUCCCUCACCCUUCUUUCCCUGUCUUCCAUUUCCGAAUGUAAUUCCACGCGCUCCCUCCUGCGCUCAGACAGUGACGAGAUUGUGGUGUACGAAAUGCCCGUCAGCCCCGUGACAGUCAAAGCUCCUUUGCCAGCCAUCACCAACCCUCUAGUCAAUGUCCAGAUCGAGAGGUUCAAACAGGAUCCCAACCAGUCCCUGACCCCCACACACGUGACGCUGUCUGCCCACACCCAGCAAAGCACGCACAGGCGCACGCCUUCCGACGGGGCCAUCAAAGGGAGCGGGCUCGUUGUCAACGGCUGCCCCACCAGUGGAUGCCCUUCCAGUAGUUGUUUAACUGGAGCGCUGGGAGCAGGUGUAUUAAAAACACCUAGUCCAAGUAGAGAUCCCCAUGAGGUCCCUCGCCUGCCAGACCCCAACCUUGUUUUUCCUCCAACCCCGAGACGAUGGAAUGCACAACAGGACCCCACACUGGAAAGACCCAAGACAUUGGAGUUCCUGCCCCGACCACGUCCUGCAGCCAGUCGGCAGCGGCUGGACCCUUGGUGGUUUGUGUCACCCAGCAAUGCAAAGGGUGAAUCUUCUGCCAACAGUUCAAGUACUGAUACUCCAAGCAAUCUGGACUCUUGUUUUGCUAGUAGCAGCAGCACUGUAGAAGAGAGACCUGGACUGCCUGCGCUGCUUCCUUUCCAGGUGGGCCUUCCUGUAGAGGAGAGGACACUGUUGGACAUAGAUGCUGAGGGGCAGAGCCAGGACAGCACCAUUCCGCUAUGCAGAAGUGAACUUAACACACACAAAGCUGCAGCAUAUGAACUCAAGCAAGAAUUCUGGUCUUAGUAUGAAAUCCACUGGGGAUAGCGAGCCCCUCUAAAUUCAAUCCUACUUUUUGCACUGAGAAUGCACUUUGAAGACAGAUGAGAUGGAGGGAUGCUACAGAGACCAUAUGGUGCUGCCUCUGCUGAAGAUGUGGUGUUCGACUGCCUGGGUUUUUUUGUCUGCAGUUGGAUGAAACCUGGCAACUCUGAGCUGCUGACUUGUGCUGUGGGGUUUUUCUGUAGUCUUCCCUGCCCUGUUAUUGCAGUUUGAAUCUGCAAUGAGCUAAAAUUAUCAUAUCAAAGUCUUUGUUACUGACCUUGUAGGAUUCAGCACUUGCAGUAAGUAUAUUGGUAUCCAACCUGGUAUUAAUCAGUGUUUUCAAAACUCAACUAUUGCACUACAGCAGACACCAGUGUUUAAUGUUUUCCCAAGGAAUCUGGGACAGAAACAACUGAAUAACUGGGGACUACCUUCUCUCAAAUGUAUUCAGAUCAUUAGAUUGGCCUGGGAAUCAUGGUACCCCCACUGAAGGAGCAGAAGUAGCUAUCUUAGACUCGCUUGUCCUCUUUUGCCCGUGUGAUUGAUAGUGCGAGGUGGAACAGAUUGCAGAGGAAGGGCAUGGCAUCUCCACUGAUGGAAGUCUGAGAACAGACUAACUAGGCUGUUGGGAAUGAGUAAGUGUAGUUGAUCCUGGCUUCAAGGCAGAUUGGAUGGACUUCAGUGAUCUCUUGAGGUCCUUCUCUGACCUAUUUUUCUAUGACCUUGUGCUUUCAAAAAGAUAUGAAGGCUUACGGUAUGGCUGUGUAGCUUGCUUUUUUGUUUCAAACUUUGACUCCAUCAGCCUCUUUUUCCCAUCCCUAGAUCCCAGGCUCAUGGGCAAGCAGCCUCAGCUUUGGGAAGGGAAUUAACAGAAAGUCUUUCUUUAAAGCCAUGUUGGCUUGCAGAAGUAAGUUAUGUGCUCCCUUACUCUUCUCUCCUUCCUUUCUUUUCCUUGCUUCUUACACUUUUUAGGAGUGGACCUUUGAAACCCAAGAUUGUUCUUGUGCACGCUGGUACUUGUUAAAGGCUCUUUCAGAAUUGAGGCUUGUUAGUAGCUGGGUUGUGCAAACAGGAAUCAGAACAUCUGUAUUCUGUUUUCAUUUUGUCACUGGCUCACUGUGUGACCUUGGGCAAAUAAUGUAACCUCUGUGCCUGAAUUUCCCCAUCUGUAAAUAAUAGGAAUAAUACCUACCUCACAGGGGGAGGGGUUGGGACAUACAUAAUAGGUAUAAAGUCCAUUAAGGUCUUUGAAUGAAAGGCACAUGUAAAACCUUAUUCUUGUUGAAAUAUGUAAAAACUCCUAACUCAGGAGCAAGAACAGACCCCUGUCUUGAAGGAGGAAGUCACAGAAAUGGAGUGUGCCUACACUCACAGCUUCUGUACAGGGAAUGCAGGUGUGUUUGUGCCUCUGCAGGUACAUCUCACUGGCUUUGAUAAGCUUCACUCUUCCCCAGUUUUGGCAUUGUAAACAAGGGAUGUGGCCUUUAUGAGUGUAGUAAGGUCGUCUGCUUUAUUGCAGGGUACAGCAUCUCUGUUCACUCUUUUUGUUUGUACAGAUCUGUGCUCAUGUUGCUCAUCUACUCACCAUUUGGGUACAAAUAACCAAUCCAACAGCGCUGCCAAUGCAGUGCUGAGCCUGUUAGGGCAGUCCAGGUCUGUUGUGAGGGCAGUGGAGCUGAAUGCUUUCUUGCAGUUGUCAGCACAGAGAAUCUGUGGGUUUAGAUGUUUGUAACCUGAUGUUACAAACCAGCAGGUGUGGGGGAAGUACUCUACCUAAGGGGUUUUUAAUGCUGUUUGAGGGCUGAGACCAGUGUGUUGCCAUUACUUAAGUUCUCUUUUGGUUUUUUUCAAGGAGAAAGGUUGCACAUUUCUUGUUUAUCACAUUCCAUGACGUGUUUGUUGAUAGGCUUACUUUUUUGCUGCCUUCCCCCCUGAAUGCUCCAGAGCUGGCCUUAAUGAUGCUACACUAGCUGCUGAUGCUGAUAGACUGUUGACUGUGUAAGCAAGGUAUUCUGAUGUGGGAAUAAGACACUUUACAAAGAAAACUGUAAUUUCUGACACUUUUGUUAAAUGUAGACCUUUAGCAUUAUUGAUUUCUUGAGCAUUCAACCUUUUGCUUUCCAUUUCCAAAAACUCAGCUUGUGAUCCAGUGGCUAAAACCCACCAAAACUGAUAGUUAAUUUCACUUGUGCUCUAGAAACAAAUGCAAGGCAAGUCCAGAUAGAGAGAUUUAAAAGCUGGAGGUUUAAAACUAUCUGUUUUUCAUAGACUCCCUUACCAUUUUAAAAAGUCCUAAACAAAACUGGAGCAGCUGUUCUGAAAUGUAAUGUUUUCUAUCCAAAAAGUAUCAAUGCAAAUGUUACAGGAAGCAUCGUCUGCUCUGCAAGGACAUCACCUGGAGUAGCUCCAUUCAAACAGAAAACUCCAAAAUCCAUUUGCCUGUGUGGAAUGGAAGGUCACACUGUUUUAACUCACCUCCCUAAACUUUCUGCCAAUUGGCUGGUUGCAUUCACCAAGUGAACUGAAAGAUUUCUGUCAAGUUCCCAAGUUCUCUCAAGUUGUUCUGUCACAUCUUUUGCUCAGGAAAGGUUAGGAUAAAAUAUCAAAACCCUUUCCCCCUCUCUCCCUUUUAGACAAUCACUUGGUGAAAGUGGUGUGUAGCUGACCUAUUAAAAGUAUUUUGCUCCACAGAGCAUCUUCCCAAAUGGACUUUGCUACAUCAAAGGAACCAAGUAGGACAGAUAACAAGGAGUCAAGGAUCCAGCUCAGUGUUUCCAGCCUAGAUAUUCUCUAUGACAAAGCUGCCAGAAACACUAGGUAGAAGCAUAUGUUUGGUUCUGUUGGGUUUUGUUGAUUGGUUGGUUGGGUUUGGGGUUGUUCUUUUCCCAUGUAUUAAACACUCCUUGAAUGCCAUGGUCUCCAUUGAAUGCAGCAUGGGAAAUAAUUUGAGGUAGUCUUCGAGCACCAGCCUUCCACUUGGGAGCCCUAUGGCUAGCACUGAGGUAUCAGGCAAGAGGAAUCUGUUGUGAAAACAAAGCUAUUGGCUUUGGCAGGUGGGGGUGGUAUUGCCUGGCAGGCAGAAGGGGCUUCCAAGGCAAAGAGUUGUCAAGUGUCUCAUCUAAUGCAUCCCAAAAGCUGUUGCAACUGGUGUCAUGAGGCCCUACAUGCAUGUUUAUGCUCACUCAUAACCUCUCCCUAUAGUCACCUAUCCCAUCCUGGUUUAAUUUUGCUCCUUUCUUUAUCUCUUGGGUUUUUUAGCUCCCCCAUGGUGGGAGCUGAGGUGCUCCAAAGAUCCAGAUGACUACUUCACUAGAUACUGAGAAGAUAUGAACCUGGCCAGCUCACAAACCUUUUUGUUCUAAUGCUUACACGUGUUCUCAUUUGUGAGGGAGACAGAAGUUCCAGCAUAUUGUUGAUUGACAUACCUUUCUGAGAAAAUGAGAAAAAGGCAGCCUGAGACCACAAAAUAAACAAGACCACCAUGAGAUCACUCAGCAGCCUAAAACAUAAUGGCAAAAGAAUGGGGUUAAAGCAAUUCUGGGGCUCACAAAGAGGAAGGGAGAUGUUCUUGUACUGAUAGGAAUAGUAGUAAGAUUGUUGCUGAGAGACAUUUUUCUGGUCUGGAAAUACAUUUGUGUUUUAUUUUCAAUAGCUGGCUGUAUGGAUCACUAAUUUAUGUCAUCGAUGUGCUGAGUUAGGAAGUAGAAGAGAGGUUUGCCAGCCCUUCAAAAUGCAUUCUCCAUGUUUGUUCUUCCUGUAAAGCUGGAGGAAAGCACAGAUAUAACCACCAGUGGACAAAAAUGGACCUUUUGUGUGAUAAAUUUCUACUGGUUUCACAGAAAUUGAGUGUGGGACAGGCAGAGAAAGGUUUUGUGUCCAAACUAAAGUGAUAAUGGUUAUGGAUAUUUUUUCUAACAGCAUUGCUUCCUGGGGACUGCACAAUGCUCUGUUUUCACAGCAAGUAGGUCAUGUCCUUUCAGCACUUUUUAGAGCUGCAAAAGUAACUUUUUAUAGGGUCUGUUUGCUGUUGUGGGGUUGUUUUCCUUUCAGAUUGUUAUUGCAAGGGGUUGCUACUCAGUAUGGGCCAAGGAACUUCAGUGGAAAUAUUCUUUUUGUAGUGGUUUUCUAACAAAAUGAGUAUUUUCAAAGUGAGCUUUUGGCUGUUGAUGUGGGAAGGCCUGUUCUGGUUUGGCAUCCUUUUAUGAUAAAGUAUUUUUCUGUACCUCUAGGAACAGGAGUAGUUGCCCUCUUCAUAGCAUGCUGCUAUCUUAAGACUUUGUGGACAAUACUGCAUAGAGAUGUUACUUGGAUUUGUCCUGAAACCAGAUACCUCCUGUUCUGUUGAAGGUGAGGCAGUAAUGGUCAAGUAAGGAAAGGCCUUUGCCAUCUGGAGUGGUCUGUUGAGUGUAAAAUGACAGGAAACCUCCCAUCUUGAGUCACUUUUCUAUCUUGACCUUAACUUCUUGGCUUUUCUUAAAACUCAGUUAAGCUCUGUGGGAUGAGUGUGGGAGCUGAAGCCCCAUUAGAUACAUGGAACCAACCCUAACACCAUAUCUCAAAAUGCAAUGAUACCUGUUACUUCUGUAACUAAUUUUAAGCUAAUAUUAAUGGGUUUGUUCCUUUUGGAUUGUUUUGAAGCAUUUCUUCUUGGAAAAAGAAGGUUUUUUUAACCUUUUUCCAUGCAUUUUGGAAAUAGUCUCAAUAUUCUCUCAGUUCCUCAGCUUCCACAGUGAUAACUCACUUAAGGCUAUAAUUGAGGUAAAACCAGGCAUUAAGAGGGAGGGGAUAGGUGUGUGUUUAAACACUGCUUGCAAACAGGUAAUAAAUACAACCUGUAUGUGCAAAGAGAACCCAAAAAAGAAGAUAACAAAUAAACAGAGGAUAACUUUCUGACUUUGUAAGCCUUUGGUGGAUCAUAUCAUUAAGUAUCUUUAGGAAAGAAUGCCUUCCUGUGCUUUUCUGUGGAGUUUCCUAAUGUAAGACUACAAUAUGGUGGUUUGCACAGCCAGUGGUAUAUUGUGUCCAGCUGGACAAAAAGGAUCUUUAACCAAACCUUUAUCUCUUUGUUUUUCCCUCUAUUUCCAACCUAGUUUGUAGUUUAGACUUUCUCUUUUUGUGGUUAACAAACAGAAGAGUCUUAAGAGCUUUACAUUUAUUGUUUCCUCAGCCCUCCUUCCCCAGCUUCACCAGGCAGUGUGGAAAUGCAUUCAUGGCUUAUUCUGCUGCUCCAUCUAUUGAAUGUGUGCUAGUAGAAAGUCACAUGCUACAGUAGAAAUGUGCAUUUGCUUUUGGUUGUUUUUCUCAUGCUCAGCUUUUGUAAGCAGCUUUGCCAUUAAUCAGAGAUGAAUACAGCUUCUGAAACGACUGACAUCAGCUUUAUGUUCAAAAUAGUCCUUCUAAGGUGAAGAGGUGUGUGGGCUUGACUGGUUAACAGGUCAUUUGCCACUGGUGACUGGGUGGUGGGUUUGAUGUAGUUAUCAGAAUUAUUAUUGUUCCUCUCUCCCUCUUUUUGCAACUGGGACGUUUUCAGCCUUUCAUCAAUAUUUGUAUAUAAGAAACACAUUUAAUCUCCUCCAUAUAUGAGGGGGAAAAGUCUUUUUUGAUUUGGUUCUGAAUGACCAGAAACCUAAUUUUCCCUGCUGAGAAUGGCUUCUUGGACUGUUUGGGUUUUGUUGGUGGCUUGUUUUGGUUUUUCUUAAGCCUAUGAAGUAUGUGUUAGAUGCAUCCUGUAUUCCUAGGUGCCUUCUGUCUCACAUGCCUCCUUGCUAGGGCUUGAGGUUGUUUUUUGGAGGGAACUCUUGGUUGUAGCUUUCAGUGCUGUACUAGUGUUCAUCAUACAUCAGGCUAAAUACCAGCACAGCAAACAUUUCAUGUCCUUCCAUUUACUGAUGUGUGUACAUCUCUGUGGAAAGAAAUUGCCUGUCAUUGGCUCUUCUCUUAGAAUUCUUCCCCUGUCUUAUCUUUAUCAAUUAUUAGUUUUGUUACCAUAAUAUCUGGGGGCCAAAGAUAGCAACUGAUACGUGUUUUAGGUGUCCUUUGAGCUGAAGUGUUUCUAAGAUACAAGCCUAAGACACCACUGAGAGAAGUGAAAGCAGAUGUUGGCAGGAAAUAGCAGAUAAAAGAGUGACAAUAUCCUUCUUAAUGUAAUAAGCAGUCUGAGGACAGAAGGGUACUAGCUCCUUGCUGAUCUCUUGCCACUGUAGGUGAGUUGAUUCCUAAAGAACUGGAGGAAUGUUUACUUAAUUAAUUUCUAGUUUCUUCUCAUUUUACCAUCAGCUACCUCAUUUGUGGAGAUGGGAUGGCAAGAAAGCCUAAGUUUCAGUAAGAAUUGAGGCUGGAAUGAUGGGAGGCCAGAGGCAAACUCCUGUAAUUUAGCUCUUUGACAUUCAUAUUCCCAAUGGAAAAAUACAUUCAGCAAUUCAGUUUCCUAAGUGAGCAUUAUACUUGCUUUUGUUAUGUAUGUCUCCAAAAGAAACAAGAAAUGACAAGACAGGGCAUUUUUUUCUUGAUGCUUUCCAACCUGUGGAAGAACUAAUUGUCCACAGACCCAAAGGUGGUGAUUUCACAUUGGUCACUACUACUUGCAGAAGUGAAGGUCUGUUUUUUGUGGACCUACACUCCAUUCUGAUCAUUCCCCUGUGUUUGCAGUGUUGUUUUCCUAAUGUGUCAGAUCCUGAUAAAGGCUUACUUGAUCUGACUGCUAAGGAUGUGCAGACAGCUCAGUGUAGCCAAUAUUAAGAAACCAUGACACAUUUUUAGUGUUGUAGUGUAGCAGAUUUAUGAGCUCUUGCCUGAAAUGGGCUACUGUUAGGUCUGUAGCUGAUGAGAUGGAUGCACAGCUAGCAAAAGGGAUCCUAGAACAAAUCUGCAGGAUGAAUGUCAAAGCUUUGUUUGCUUCAGUUACUUCAAAACUAAUUGGGGCAGGAGGAGAGUUCUUCAUGAUUCAGAAAUAGUUUUCUAGAGUCUUGUCUGUGCUCAAAUUUUAGUUUCCAAGAUAGUUAUUGAGAUCCUACACUGUGUUCAAAAGGAAGACCAGAAUAAUGCAUUUUAUGUACACAAUCUCAGAAUGAUUGACACUGUCUCCCUGGUCUACCUUUGCUGUUCCUGUUGAGCACUUUGUCAAGAUCAGAUGUUGAGGUUAAAUAAAACUAACCUCCUUGUCUUGGAAAGACAUAAGGGUCUGAGAAAGAAGAAAUGUUGUUCUAGCCACAUCCUGAUGCUUUUGUCUUGCUCUCUCAGCAGUAGAGAUUAUAGAGCAGGAAGUUGUGCUGGUGCUUUUCCAAGCUUCCCUGAUAAGAAUGCUGCUAACAGCAGAUUUCAGUAUCUAAAUGAACAAAUUCUUUGGGGAUGCUUUUGCUUGGCUUCUUCUCAUUGAGUUCCAAAGCAAACCUGGCCUCUGAUUACUGUUUGGCAUAGCUCAGUUGCACACUGAGCUUCUCAAGUUUAAGUAGAUCAGGAGGAGAACUGCAUUUCUUCCCAAAGUCCUCUCUGGAAUUUAUGGAUGUGGCAACUUCUCAACUUGGGUAAUGUGUUUUCUCCCAGGCCCAGCCUGUGUCUUGACAUGGGUUGUCACCCUCAGCUGACUGCACAAAUGUUCAUGGUAGGGUUAUUCUUCUGUCUUGCAUGCUUUAGCCAGCAGCCCUUACAGCAUCAACAGGGUUAACACUUCUGUCUGAAUAGGACAGCUAAUACCUCAGAGCUGGCUUUUCACACUGCAUCCGAAGCAGAUGUUACUGCAUGAGUUCUGCCAUUGCUCUGUUUGCAAAGUUAUCUUGACAUCCAUAAGAUCCAGAAAUCCUCAAUGGUAAAGAAUAAAGCUACAGGGGAAAUAAAAAGGGGUAGGGGAAGAAAAAAAGAGACAACAGUUGAGUUUGGCCAGUGCUCUUUGCAGAGAGUGAAAUCCAUGCUUGGGCAACGUAGGUCUCUGGGAGAUGGCUGAAUUCCAAGUGGAGACUAUAACUGGUCAGUAGGCACCAGUACCCCUCAUGUUGAGCAGUUAAGAGACCACAUAAAGAACAUCUGGUAGUAAAAAUUCAUAUUUGGGGUAACUAACUUUCAAGAUUAAAGGGAAGAGGCCUCAAUUCCAGAAAGCCCUUCAUCACAUACUUCAGCAUCACUGAAGUCAGUGGAAUGUAUCUGUGGGUCAAAAUGCACAAGACCUCAAUUCAGCAAAGCUCUUUAAGUCUAAAUUGGAGAAUUGUCCUGUAGACAUUAACAGUGAAGGACCAGGCUUUGUAGUUUGUCAGAGGGAAGAGUCAGUUUACCUGAGGAAAGAGUUCCUUCACAAGCCUCUGGGUAAAUGCUGAUUUGAUUGCUGACUCUCGUGGCCUUUCCAUGACUGCACAUGCCAUGCCUAUUUGACUGCUAAUUCUUACCAGAAACAGGGUAAGAUUUGAGAAUAUUUCUUUUGACACAGGAAAGAAGAGCAACAGCUGCUGCAUUAGCACAGUUGCUAGCUGCAGAGGGGCAGGAUGUGGUGCGUGGAGGUUGUAUGUGCAAAUGUCAGUUUAACCUGAGGUCUUCUCUCAGGUGUUUUUCCUCAGUUCAAGAAUGCAUUCCUCCAGGCUGGUGGACAAACCUGACUUGUUCAGCAGUGAUCAACAUCCACCACUGUUACUAGACUUCUCACGUUCUUGUUUGUCAGCUGUUGGUGCAGCACUUUGUGCUGCUGUAUGUGGCUUCUGUGUUACAAAUUCACAACAAGCUGGAAAUAGCUGAGGUAUUUUGCCUGGCUUGAGAGGCUUAGAGGGAGUGGGCAGGGCAACAGUGGUGGAAAAAAUCAGGGAAAAUACCUGUGCUUUUAACAAUAUCUCUUCUGUGGCUUUGAAAGUCCAAGAAUUUCUCAGCCAGAGAAUGUAUUUUCUCCCUCUUUUUAUAAGCUACUUCUUUCUUUUGCCUUAUUAAUUGUGUAUCUGCUCCUGCUUCUAUUUCAAGUCAGAUGCAAAAAAAACCAUCAGUGACCUGACUUUUCCUAGGUACAAUGAAGAACCAGGUGAGUAGAUGACUCUAAUGUAAGAUCAUGCCCCCGUGUGUGUUCUUUUGAGAUGUGGGAGAGUUCCUGCUUGUGUUGAGCUCACUGUGUGAAGGGUGUUGGGUACUUCGUAAGGAACUCCAAACUCUUGCAGUACUGGAAUUCAUCUUACAACUUCAGGAUUUCAGUCUGCUUUUGGAGACCUCUGUAUGUCUUCUCUUCUGUUCAUGAUGUUCAAAAGGUAUGUUGCCAUGGAAGUAGCACCUGAAGGUAUGUUUUGCCCGAAGAACCUGCGAUGGAGCGGUUGACGUUAGCAGAUGGCAACGUACUCCAGAGUUAAAUGACAGAGGCCACCAAGUUUUUCCUUGUUUGUGUGAUGAAACGGUGUCAAAUUAAGUGAUUUGUUGGAGCCUUCCUUUAACUUCUGUACAGCAGUAAGCUUAGAGGAAAAGAAGAUUGCAUUAUUUUUUAAAAAGCUUUAUUUGUGACCCGGACUUGUCGCCUCUGACCCUCUUGGGCUUAAAUAGUUAAAUUAUAUUAAUGUCCAGUUUGUUUCACUGUAGGUAACACAUCAACUGAAUACUCUUGUGCAUAAUCUACUGUAUCUUUCCUCUGUUCUGUGUCAAUGUAUUAUGUGUAUUUGGAUUACAGUUCUUUUUUUUUUCUCUCUCUUUUUGUAUUAAAUUAUUUUAUGUUCUAGAACAAUAUUUAAGCAGAGCAAAGAGCUGAUGAAAGCUGUGGGCGUUUGGGGGUUUCUUUCCUCUUUGCUCUUUUUUUGGAUGUACUGUAAAUUGUAAACCAAGGAUGCCAAGCAGGCUUGGUUCAAUGGCUGAAAUUAUUGUAUUACAGUGUAAUGCUGAUCUAGGCCUUGUCUCAACACUAGAGCACACAGACUUGAAUAAAACUGUUAUAAAA